AUGACCGAUCAACUCAGCACAAAAUUGACCCACCUCCCUACCUACAACACCAACAAUUCCGAGCCGCCUCAACAACCCUCGGCUGUCCGCAUCAUCCAGCCCGCCAACGGCAACCCCGGUCCUCUCGGUCUCUUUGCCUUCGCUGUCACCACUCUCAUCUCAAACAUCUACAAUAUCGGUGCCGGUGUCCCCGCCGGUGGCGGAGGAUCCCUACUCAUGGGCUUUGGUCUCUGGUACGGUGGUAUUGUUCAGAUCCUGGCCGGUAUGUGGGCCAUGAAGGUCGGCAACACCUUCGAAGCCACAGCCUUCUCGUCUUUCGGCGCCUACUGGGCCGCCUACGGUUACAUGUUCAUGCCCGGCACAAUGAUCAAGGAGUCCUACGCUAACUCUCCCCCCGAGACCUUCCAAAACGCCACUGGUAUCUUUCUCCUUGUCUGGGCCCUCCUCGCCAUCAUCCUCUCUGUCGGCACCACCCGAUCCACAGUCGCCACGGCCGCCAUGUUUGUCGUCUUGGAUAUUCAUCUCUUGUUCAUGGCCGCAAACGAGUUUGGUCACUACCCCGAGUCUGCCUGGCCCAAGAAGAUCGGCUCUGUUUGUGGAAUCAUUACCGCCCUCCUUGCCUUCUACAACGGUGCUGCUGCCCUUUGGUUGCCCUCCAACUCUCAUAUUAUCUUGCCCGUUGGUCCCUUUAAGAACAAUGACAUCCACAUCGUGUAA